GGCGGCUUCCGGUGUCCUUCCCGGCGGGCGGCGCGGCGCGGCGCGGCCAUGGCGCAGAACCUGAAGGACCUGGCGGGGCGGCUGCCGGCCGGGCCGCGGGGCGUCGGGACCGCCCUCAAGCUGCUGCUGGGCGCCGGCGCCUUGGCCUACGGCGUCCGCGAGUCCGUCUUCAUCGUGGAAGGCGGCCAGCGGGCCAUCUUCUUCAACCGCAUCGGCGGCGUCCAGCAGGACACCAUCCUCGCCGAGGGGCUGCACUUCAGGAUCCCCUGGUUCCAGUACCCCAUCAUCUACGAUAUUCGAGCCCGGCCACGGAAAAUCUCCUCUCCCACCGGCUCCAAAGACUUGCAGAUGGUGAACAUUUCCCUGCGCGUUCUCACGCGCCCCAACGCUGCAGAGCUGCCCAGCAUGUACCAGCGCCUGGGCCUGGACUACGAGGAGCGAGUCCUGCCUUCCAUCGUUAACGAAGUCCUCAAGAGCGUGGUGGCCAAGUUUAAUGCUUCACAGCUCAUCACUCAGAGAGCCCAGGUGUCUCUGCUCAUUAGGCGAGAACUGACAGAGCGAGCCAAGGAUUUCAGCCUCAUCCUGGAUGAUGUGGCUAUUACAGAGCUUAGUUUCAGUCGUGAAUACACAGCAGCAGUGGAGGCUAAGCAAGUGGCCCAGCAGGAGGCACAGCGCGCCCAGUUUCUGGUGGAGAAGGCCAAGCAGGAGCAGAAGCAGAAGAUUGUUCAGGCGGAAGGGGAAGCUACAGCUGCCAAGAUGCUCGGUGAAGCUCUCAGCAGGAACCCAGGCUACAUCAAGCUACGUAAGAUCCGAGCUGCUCAAAACAUCUCAAAAACGAUUGCUGGCUCACAAAACCGUGUGUAUCUCACAGCAGAUAACUUGGUACUGAACCUGCAGGAUGAGGGCUUCACCAGUGACAGUCUCCUACUCAAACAAGGGAAGAAAUGAAAGAAGCCAAAGCCUCCUAGAACCAGCGGCGCUGACCGGCAGAAGAUACGAGUGAGGAGCUUUGAACUCCCUCCACUAGCAUUGUUUGCCCUCACUUUGAAGUUGUUAAGCCAGUAGCCAGAUUUGGUUCCCGUGCCCCUGCUCCAUCUGUGGUGAUCCAGUUAUGCGAUUGGGCUCUGCCUCUAGGCAGCUGUAAUUCCUUCCUCACCCCACCAGUUAAAUUUGGGGAGGGGGCAAGGGGGCUUACUGGUAUUAACCCGUGUGGAUAUAGUAAUUCGCCUCUAAUCUUCACUAAUCUUUAGAUUUCUGUAGGGUAAAAUCAGAAUUCUUUUUUACCCAAGCAAGGGAGUUCUGCUGCCAUCAGCACCAGGCUUUUUUCCUAGUAAAUUUUGUUUCUCUUUCACUCUUGAUCCCAAGAGAACCUGGGACUGAAUUAAGGAAAAUGUCAUUCAUUGGGUGCCUGUCACUGCUGGAAUAUCUGUGUCACUGUCUGCUCAGUGAUUCUUUCCAACAUUUGUAAAAAUUAAAAACCCCCAAAUUUA